GUGCUACCGAGACGAACGAAUCCCGCAGCCGCGAGGGAAAGCGCGGGUUUCGCCACUCACGUGUCUCAUCCCCUUCACCGCGUCCGCGCCCGGUCGCGCCUGCCAAGCCCGUCUAUAAACGCCAAAAUCUGCCCGCCACGGCUGCCAUCUCGCACUUGUCAACACGCCGCCGCCCAAGCUCCCCUCCUGCCUAUUGGGAGGCGAUCGCUCGGCCGCCAUGGACAACGCGGGCGCGUCGACUGCACCCUAUGUGCCCGAUGCUGGCACCGUGCUUGCGCCGCCGGCCACAAUUGAGCCGCCGCUCAGGCCCGGCGAUGAGUCGCAGCACGUGCUCGGUCAAUACCAGCCCGGUACUAUCAGUGCCCAAUGCCUGGACUUUUUGCGGAGCGUCAAUGAAACUUUCGGCGUGCAGUCGUACGAAUCGAACACUAUCCAUAGCGCCCUCCAUGAGUUCAAUGCCGGACGCUUGAGCAAGAGAGAGGUCUACUUCAGGAUCAUGAACAUCCUCGGCGAUGGGAACGACCUCUGGAACGCCUUUGCUGAUGUAUUCAAUCACAAAGACGCCCACUGGAGUCCCGGUGACUUCCAACUGCCGGAAGACGACCAUCCCACACCCCCAGCUGCAUCUGCGGUCCAUACCUCGCCGGAAUUCCUGCAACCCCAGCACCAACCCCAGGUUCGCAUGCCAUCCAUAUCAGCUCCAUGGCAACCAGGCCAGUACAUCCCUCGAAUGCCGACUACGCAGGCCUCCAUCAAUCCUGUUCUUCUUCGGACGCCCCUGGCGCAUACCGUCACCGACCGGAAUAUCCCUGCCGCACUGCAUCAAGACAUUCAAGAGGCGGCUAGUCAUGGAUAUGGACAAUACGGGAGCUACGGUGGCUAUGAUGGCUAUGAGAGCUACGGGGCCUAUCGUCCAACGUACACUCCCAAUGGGUACAGCAUCUGGAAUCAGUUCGCGCAGUCCGUUCCUUCAUCCCCUGUUGCUCAGCCGCCGUCCAACCGCCCGAUAUUGCGUCAAUAUGAAUCGCCUUCCCUAGGUCGCGCGCCAAACUUUUCACCGUACACCGCUCAUAGCUAUGGCAUGGAGUUCAGUUCUCCAGAGCGGGCAGUUGUAGAGCAGACUCAGCGCUCUCUUCCGCAUAGUGACGCUUGGGAGGCAACAGAGGCCGGGUUUGGCUGGGCAGGAGCUGAACCUCACCGUCAACCGGAGCGCAUGCAUGUGUUGGUUGGUAACCAACAAGUCCAGUCGCCAGACGUGUCAAACAAGGAACCAACGCCUCAGCUAGCUCAUCUAAGCUCACCGAAUGCGACCCCGUCCAUGCUUGGAACGCCAAUUGCGAUUCCUCUCGGUCAACCUUCGUUCGAGAUGCUACCGCCGACCAGGCGUAAGGGCAAGAGCUCCGCGGCGAACAACCUAGUGGAUGACAACCAUGAUAGUCAUGAGGAGAGCGGACUUCGGAGGGACUCUUCUGUACCUUCCACUGCUCAGCCUUCCUUCGUUCAUCGGCCGGAGAAUCAGCUCAAUACGAAGCAAGCGAAACCCCGGGCACCUCGCAACCAAGGGCAGUUUAUCCAUGCUAUUUGCGGAAAAGGAUUCACCACUCGAUCUGCCGUGAAGAAGCAUCAUUGGGGAGCGAAGGCUGAAGAUAUCGCGACAACGACGGGCUGUUGGUUCAAACACAAUAAACCCAACACCAACUGGGAUGACCAUCCGAGCUGCAAGCAAGAGCUACCGAAACCCCGUGCCGCCCAGCUAAUCGGGCAAUCCCUCUCUACGCCGGAACAGAUUCAGCAUCUGAAUUCUGAGUUCAAGGCCCCAGUCGUACCUGGAAUGGUUCCUAACCCAGAAAAUACCAUUCCAGGAUUUCCAACGUUACACCAUCUUCCGGAUACGGUUGCUGAGACCGUCCGGGGUGCGCCGGCUUCAACGCAAGCUCCACGAGGAGAGGCAAUUCCUUAUCAUACUUCCCGUCUCCCUUCUGGUGGUAACUUCGAUACUCUACUGACUGCCGUCAAUGUUGCUGCCCGGAUCGAUGCACCCAAACCCAAGGGCCGGAACGAUUCAGUGGUUUCGCAUCUUGACGCUCAAGUGGCUGCUGCUGAGCGCAGCCGCCAGAACUUCUUGUCCUGGGCUGGUGGUCGUAAUAACGGAAAUCGAGAAUUCGGCAUGGUGCUCUCUCACGACCCGCCUCUAGCGCCAGCUAUCGGCUUGGGGAUCACCCAGACUGAGCAAAACAUCCCGGUGCCGGUGCUUCCUUCACAGCGCCACGAGCCGGAGCAAGUUAGGGAUGCUGUGGAAGCCACAGCUUCGAAGGCUGAUAUUGGUACGACCGAAGCUGGAGUUGCCGUCAAGGAUGCUCCCGAGGCCACUUCAGCGUAUGCGUCUGAAGAGAAGGCCAACAGCAGUAAGAGGCGACGAUCCUCUGGUCGGAGGUCCGAUAUCUCGAGGCGCGAGCGGAAGAUGUUGGGAUUACCCGUCUCUCCUAGUCCGGAAAAGAAGAAGCAGAAGGCUUGAUGCGUUGCACACCACGACGUCCCUUCGGCUUGUCGUAUGGAUUCUCAGGUACGGAAGGGGUCUUGGCCACU